AUGAAAUACAAUAAGCAGCAUUUAAUAGAUUUAACAAAAGAUUUAUCAAUAAAAUUAUAUUACGCAAGAGGCUUAAAUAUUGCCUUCUUUAAUGAAGGAAUAAAAACAGCCAGAAAAGUUAUCAAAGAAAUAACAAAUUUAGAAAUUUUAGCAGGAAUAGAAGUUUCCACCAUAGAACCAACUACUUUGGUUUUAAAUUAUUUAUUAGUCAACAAUAAUAUAGUCAACGAAGAUCAACAAGAAUAUCAAGAACAACAAGAAUAUCAAGAACAACAAGAAGAAGAUCAAGAACAACAAGAAGGUAAAGAACAAGAAGAAGAUCAAGAACAAGAAGAAGAUCAAGAACAAGAAGAUGAUCAAGAACAAGAAGAUGAUGAACCAAUUUACGCUACCCCAUCUCCACAACAACAAGAACAAAACCAAGUUCAAGAAGAUGAAUCAUCAGAUGGUGAUAAUGAUGACAAUGAUUAUAAUUGGAGAUGCUACCAAACUCCAAUUACCCCACCUCCAUCACCACCAAGAUCAGAUCAAAGCGAACAAGAUCAAAAUGAGGUCCAAGAACAAGAAUUAGUCCUUAAUAAUCAAGAACAAAAUCAAGAACAAGUUAAUCAAGAACAAGAAGAAAUCCAAAUUAAUCAAGAACAAUCCAAUCACCAUGAGGAAGAACAAAAUGGACAAUUCAAUAAUGAAAAUCAAGAAACCGAAGAAAAUCAACAAUUAUCUCAUCAUAAUCAAAAUGAAGAACAAGAUGCAGAAAGAUCCAACCAAAAUGUACCAUUUUCACAAAUUUCAGAACAAUCAAUGGAUGAAGAAGAAAUCAUUUUUGGAUUUAUUUAUUUAAUAAUAAUAAUAAUAAUAAUAAAAAUAAUAAUAAAUAAUAAUCAAUAA